AUGUGGUCACACUUUUCUCAUCAUUUCUCUGAAGCUUGGAAGAAUAAACCAGUUCUUGUAGGAGAUUUCAAGAGUGUAAGGCUUAGUGAUCAAUUUCAUUUGCUUGAGGCAAAGUUCUCUGAAGAAGAAGUCUGGGCAGCUGUAAUUGAUUGUAAUGGGAACAAAGCUCCUGGGCCGGAUGGAUUUAACAUGAUGUUUUUUCAAAAGUUUUGGAAGAUGCUUAAGGAGGAGGUGCUCAACUUUAUGAAGGAAUUCCAUUCUAGUGGCAGAUUAGCAUCAGGUUUUAACAGUACCUUUAUCACACUGAUUCCAAAGAAAGAGAAAGCUAUCACCUUAAAUGAGUUUAGACCUAUAAGCUUUGUUGGUUCUGUGUACAAAAUUCUCUCUAACGUCCUUGCAUCUAGACUCAAAAAAGUUAUGCCUAUGAUUAUUGGUGACUCACAAUCAGCUUUCUUGGGAGGUAGAAACAUUUUGGACGGAGUUUUGGUUGUAAAUGAAAUUGUUGAUAGCUGGCUUAAAACUAAGAAAUCAGGGCUGUUAUUCAAGUUAGAUUUUGAAAAGGCUUUUGACUCUAUUAAUUGGGACUUUCUUCUCUCAAACUUUGGGUUUGGCACCAAAUGGAUUUCAUGGAUCAAGGAAUGUGUCUCUACUGCAAGAAUUUCAAUCCUUGUUAAGGGCUCACCAAUUAGGGAAUUUUAUCCUAAAAAAGGCCUUAGACAAGCAAACUUCGAGUUUGGUACCAAAUGGAUCUCAUGGAUCAAGGAAUGUGUCUCUUCUGCAAGGAUUUCAAUCCUUGUUAAUGGCUCACCAACUAAGGAAUUUCAUCAUCAAAAAGGCCUCAGACAAGGUGAUCUUUUAUCGCCAUUUCUUUUUAAUUUGGUUGUUGAAGCACUAAACAUUCUCCUACAGAGAGCUAGGGAGUUGAAUCUGCUCAAAGGGGUUGUCAUUGGAAAUAAUCAAGCUCAGCUGUCCCACCUCCAAUUUGCAAAUGACUCUCUCUUGUUCUGUGAAGCUGCGUUAUCAGAAGUCCUCAGUUUGAAAAGAAUCCUCAGGUGCUUUGAGGUAGCUUCAGGUCUCAAAAUCAAUUAUCAUAAAAGUUUGGUUUAUGGGGUUGGUAUUUCAGGCACUGCUCUAGCGGAGUUUGCAUAUCUGUUGAAUUCCAAGACUCAAAGUUUACCACUCAAGUAUCUUGGAUUGCCUCUGGGUGCUAUUCCCAAAAGAAAGAGGAUGUGGAAACCAGUUGUUGAUAAAUUUAACAUGAGGCUUGCUGGAUGGAAAAAUGAGGUUUCUCUCCUUUGCUGGGAGGUUGGCUUUAGUGAAGGAGUAGCUAAGGAGAUAGACAAAAUUCAAGCUUCAUUUCUUUGGGGAGGCCCUGAUCAAAAGAGGAGGAUUCAUCUUGUUAGAUGGACAGAGGUAACAAAGAGUAUAAAACAAGGUGGAUUGGGCAUCAAAAGAAUAAAGGAUGUGAAUGUGUGCCUAUUACUCAAAUGGUGGUGGAGGUUUGCCUCUGAUCAUGAAUCAUUAUGGAAGAGGGUCUUAUGUAGUAAGUACAAGUUUCUAGGAGGGUCAUGGCUUCCAAACCUCUGCUCUAGUAACCAUCAUUCAACUAUCUGGGGUGGCACUGUGGCAGCAGCAGAUAAGCAAGAGUCCCUUUCAUUGUUUUAUGUUAGCAAUCUUCAUAUGAAAGUGGGGAAUGGUUGUAGAAUCAAGUUUUGGUAUGAUCACUGGUGUGGGGCUCUCUACCUCAAAGAUGAUUUUCCCAGGCUUUUUCAACUGUCCAAUAACAAGGAGGGUCUUCUCAAGGAGUUUGUGUCAAGUUCAGCUGCAAUCUGGUUGUUUACCUUCAGGAGAGCACUCUUUGAAUGGGAAAAAGAUGAGCUCAAUAGACUUCUUAUCACCGUAGCAGCACCUCCCUCCUUGAAUCAAGGUGUUGAUGAUAGUGCAGUUUGGACAGCACUAAAACCUGAUCAGUCUCUUGUUUCUAAUCUUUAUAAUCAUUCUAACCUUGCCUUCGGUAACACUUCUAAUUCAAGUGGUUUGUGGUGGGCAAGGUACAUCUGUAAGAAAAAUGAGAGGAGAAUCUGGCGUGCCAUUCCAUUGGUCACUCUAUGGUCUAUCUGGAAGAUCAUAAAUGAGUGCCUUUUUCAAGCCUCCCAACUAAACACUCAGUUGUUGCAGGAUCUUAUUAUCAUCAGGCUUGCAAUCUGGUUAAAGUCCUCCACCAAAGAUUUUCCAUUCUCCAUUAAUGAUCUUCUCUUCAAUGUUUCUGGUGAAAGGCACUGCAUCCGCUCAUGA